UGGCAUCGAACAGGAACGCACUAUCGAACCAGGAUGCUGAGGUGUGCCUUUGGGAAUGUUAUAUGAAGCAGAGGGGAAUAGACGUACAACGGGCUUGGGCUGACAUCAUGCUUGAACCUAAGCCUAUUGUAGCCGAGCCAGUGCCAUCUUCCGAUGGCACAACUGGUGAUUUGGACUUUGCGAAUGCAAAAUAUAGCACAGAAACCGGCGAUUCAGGGGACGAAAAUUUAGAGGAGUACGCUGAAGUUGAUGACCCAGAGGAAGAUGGCUCAGAGGACGAGAUUGAUCAUGAGGAUUCUGAGUGCACAGGCUGGUGACACUGGGAAUUUUACGAUGAACCGUACCAAAAUCAACCAAGCAACUAAAGGCAAUGCCAAAAAGAUAUCCAAGUCUAUGUCUUUGUCCGAAUUCCUCAUGCUGAGAGUCGGACGCAAGCAAGACACGCCUUCCAUUUGUUCCUGCUUAGCACCCGAGGGGCCA